AUGGAACCAGCUCCAACAUUCCCAAAUUCCCGUAAAAAGGAGCGGACUAUCACUAUCAGUGAGAAUUCCAACGAGAACACACUUCGACAGUACUGGAAAACUAAGCUAGAUGAGGCAGAGCAACAAGUGCGUGAGAAGGAGCAAACGAUUCGUCGUUUGGGCGCAUCGAAGAAUGAGUUGAAUGGAAAGGUGGGACAGUUGAAAGAAGAAAUCAAUAGAUUGCAUGAACAAGCAAGUCAUGUAGGAGAAGUAUGCAAAGCAAUGGAUAAAAAGAAAGUACUUGUGAAGAGUCAUCCGGACGGCAAAUACAUUGUCAACGUGGAUUCUGUAUCGGUGGAUAUGUCUCAAAUGACAGCUGGAACACGGGUUGCAAUGAAAGCAGAUAGCUAUAUGAUUCAUAAAGUGUUACCGAAUAAAGUGGAUCCAUUGGUAUCACUGAUGAUGGUUGAAAAAGUGCCAGAUUCAACAUAUGAAAUGGUUGGAGGACUUGAUAAACAGAUUAAAGAAAUCAAGGAAGUCAUCGAAUUGCCUGUCAAACAUCCCGAAUUGUUCGAUGCACUCGGUAUUGCUCAGCCUAAAGGAGUGCUUCUUUAUGGACCGCCCGGAACUGGAAAGACUCUUUUAGCACGUGCUGUUGCUCAUCACACUGAAUGCACUUUUAUCCGUGUUUCUGGUUCGGAACUUGUUCAGAAGUUCAUUGGAGAAGGUGCUAGAAUGGUUCGUGAACUGUUCGUCAUGGCUCGUGAACAUGCUCCAUCAAUCAUUUUCAUGGAUGAAAUCGAUUCGAUUGGAUCGUCAAGAGUCGAAGGAUCGAGUGGUGGCGAUUCUGAAGUACAGAGAACAAUGCUCGAGUUGCUCAAUCAGUUGGAUGGUUUUGAGGCUACCAAGAACAUCAAGGUAAUCAUGGCGACGAAUCGUAUCGAUAUUCUGGAUUCCGCGCUCCUCCGUCCCGGACGUAUCGAUCGAAAAAUCGAAUUUCCGGCUCCAGACGAGAAGGCACGUGCACAGAUUCUGAAGAUUCACUCUCGGAAGAUGAAUCUGAUGCGUGGAAUUCGAAUGGACAAGAUUGCUGAGCAGAUUCCAGGUGCAUCUGGAGCAGAAGUGAAAUCAGUUUGUACGGAAGCCGGAAUGUUUGCACUCCGUGAAAGACGUAUUCAUGUUACACAAGAGGAUUUCGAGAUGGCUGUUGGAAAAGUGAUGCAAAAGGAUUCCGAUAAGAAUAUGUCCGUCAAGAAGUUGUGGAAAUAA